AUGUCGUCGGGUGCACUCAUAGAGAAGGAUGCAGGUGGAGGGCAGCAGCAGCAGCAGCAGAAGAAGAAGAAGAAGAAGAAGAAGAAGAAGAAGAAGAAGAAGAAGAAGAAGAAGAAGAAGAAGAAGAAGAAGAAGAAGAAGAAGAAGAAGAAGAAGAAGAAGAAGAAAAAGAAGAAAAAGAAAGCGUUUGUUAUUGUGUCAUCGUUGCCUGCGGGCCCAUUGAUGGGUCCACCGAAUUAG